GAGAGAGAGAGAGAGAGAGGCAGAGAGAGAGAGGCAGAGGGAGAGAGAGAGAGAGAGAGAGCUAUGGACCGAGACCGUUCACUCUCGUUAUCGGCGAUGUAACACGCCGACGGCGUCCGUUCAGGGCGCACAGGAAAUACCGCUGGGCUUUGCUCCAUUAUUCGCACGCUACAACAAAAAGCACUCUGGCGCGCGUUCGCCUCAACUAAUUGUUGCUUUUCGUGCGUCCAUCCCUCCCCACGGGCUUGAAUUACAUCUCUGCAGCAUCUUUGCAGAGCGGGCUCCGUCUCCUGGCUGCAUUCAAACGGUGCCUUCGUCGGAACCGGAGCCUGGGCUCCCAUCCUAAGUGUGCGCGAGCUCCCGCGCGGCGUCCCGGAGCACGCGUGGACCGUCUCAUUCAUCGGCGUGCGUGGCGUGAAUAAUUACGGGAGGGAGGGGGGGGGGAGAAAAAAAAGUUGCAGGAUACUUUCUCCGGCCACGCACGGGCGUCUCGCGCGUGGAUCGCGGGAUCCGGAGGACGGGCUGGCGUGCAGAUGGCGUCCAGCGCGGCUCUGUUCACCUGGAACACCUGAAGCUGUCCGAUGACACGCGGCUGCAGCAACUUAUCAGCGCUGUUGCGUGUUUCAGCGCUGCCAUGUCGGCCCCCGUGGCCUGCGCCGUGGAUUUAAGCUGUGUGUAGGGUAAAAUCCGUUUGCAGCUGGUUCGAAACCCGUGUGCCACGAACUCGCAGCCGCUGAAUUACUGUCUCAUCCGGAGGAUGCUGUCUGGAGCGCAAUGAUGCCCGCGCCUCAGUGGAUUUUCUGAUCAGGAUGACAUUUGGUUAAAAGACUCGCGGACUGAAACAGUCUAUAUUAUAACAGUUUUUUUUUUAUUAUUAUUUGCGCCAAAAACGCUGCAAAAACACCCGACUCCUGCCGAACCGCGCUCUCGGGUUUUUAGACGGGGUUCGGGGAGAUGGCCGCGAUCGCCAGCUCCCUGAUCCGGCAGAAGCGCCAGGCGAGGGAGUCGAACAGCGACCGGGUCUCCACCUCCAAACGCCGCCCCAGCCCCAGCAAAGACCCCCGCUCUCUCUGCGAGAGGCAUUUCCUGGGGGUCUUCAGCAAAGUCCGUUUCUGCAGCGGCAAGAAAAGACCAGUUCGGCGGCGACCAGAUGCACCCACGAAACCUCCACAGGUGUCCCAUAAGGGCUGCAGGCUAGAGCCGCAGCUGAAAGGCAUCGUGACGCGACUGUUCAGCCAGCAGGGCUUCUACCUGCAGAUGCAGCCGGAUGGAACCAUCGACGGCAGCAAGGACGAGAACACUGACAACACUCUCUUUAAUCUUAUUCCUGUGGGUCUGAGAGUGGUGGCCAUCCAGGGAGUGAAGAGUGGCUUCUACAUUGCCAUGAAUGGCGAGGGCAUGCUGUACAGCUCGGAGAUGUUUACGCCAGAGUGUCGGUUCAAGGAAUCGGUUUUCGAGAACUACUACGUCAUCUAUUCGUCCACUGUGUACCGACAGCAGGAGUCAGGCCGGGCCUGGUUCCUCGGCCUCACCAAGGAGGGCCAAGUCAUGAAGGGCAACCGAGUUAAGAAGACCAAGCCCUCAUCACACUUUGUACCGAGGCCCAUUGAAGUUUGUAUGUACAGGGAGCCGUCGCUGCAUGAGAUAGAGGACAAGCACCGCUCCAGGAAGAGCUCAGGGACUCCCACCAUGAACGGAGGGAAAGCCGUCAAUCAGGACUCCACAUAGCAGCAGUAGGAGGGGCUUCCAGUAGAGGGGGCGUGGCCUCAUCCUGACUUAGGGGAAAGGGCCAAAGGAAAAAUCCCGCCCCUCCCACCCCCCUGAAAAGUAAUGUACCACCAUCUCCUCUUAAAAAGAGGGACCUGUGACAACUACAAGGAGCUAUUAUUGUACACUCGAGACAACAAAACUGAACUCUUGCCUGUGAAAACCUUUUAGAUAAAUAUAUAUAUAUAUAUAUAUAUAUAUAUAUAUAUAUAUAUAUAUAUAUAUAUAUAUAUAUAUAUAUAUAUAUAUAUAUAUAUAUAUAUGAAAAACAACAUUUUCAAUCAGAACUUGACCAACAUUUUAUGCAAAAAAAGAGAAAGCUGUGAUAAACCAAGGGAUGGUGGUCGCUCUUCAUACACAUACAAAUAUCUAUCAUUUCCAGUUCAUGCUGUGAAAAACAAGCUUUAAUAUAUGAUGUUAAAUUUUCGUACACUGAGUUGUUUUUCUAAAUGCCGCCGCAAUGUCAUCUGCUUUAUUGCGUUGCCGUCGUCACUAACAACAGUAUCGUCACUAACUUUUUUUUUUUCAUGUUUUUAUUUGAAGGUUUUUUCACAGUUUAACUAGACGGUACUGUCACACUACCUGCUCUGGUGUGAACGUCAGAUUGAAUGUAUUUGAUACUUCUGUGAUGGACUUAUAUGGAAACAAGGUGGGAUGUUAUUUACUCAGGUGUUUAGUGUAAGUGAAACCAAUGUGAUAAUAGGACAGACGAAGCUGUGUGAAAUACUAUGUUACCCUGUCCUGCAGACGGACACAACUGUAACAAGCAAUAUACCCAAGAGCAGUCUCAUAUGUCUCUAAAUAACAGUAAUAACAACCUGACAAUGGAUGCUGUGACCGACAAAGGAAGUCGUGUUAGUGGGAGAAAGUCAGAAUCAAAAUAAUUUUGUCUUAGCUUCAGUAUAUUCCUAACAUUUGCAGGCACUAUUAGGUUUUAGGUGCAAAACGUGUCCAAGCUUGUUCAACAGAGGAAAACACUGACCAGCAUAAGCACUGAGCCAUGGCCAAGAGCGGUCACUUCACACUUACACCUCUAGAAAUGCCGACCAGUUCCUCUGCUGUUUGCUAGGCUAUAACAACACCUACUCUACAAAAAGUAUAAAAACUCAACAGUAUUCUUGCUUUUUAACUAUACGGACAAAUUAUGAGAUAAUCCUCUAUAAAAGGCUUCUUCUGUUUUUUCUAAGCGAGAGAAAGGACCGGCGGCGAGAGGUUUUGAAGUAGUUAAAUGCUUUUAAUGUAAAAGCAUUGGAGAUUACUUAGCACUGGGGGCCAGGGUGCUCGACUAUUUAAUUGUCCACUGACCUGACGUAUGAAGACUUUCCUAUCACAAUGGAAGCAGAAUGUCUCAUUGAGGAAGCAGCUUAUCUGGAUUUAGCCAGAUUCAACGAGGAUGCUUCUGUAAGAGCGUCCCACCGUUCAUUUUACUCUGACGUGGCAACACAUACAGUCUCCGUCCAUCCUGGUUUUGUGACCCGUGAAAUGAGUCGGCGCAAUGAGCAGAAUGGAGGAAGGUUUCUCUUUCAUAAAUCAACAUGCUGACAAGACUGUAUAAACAAGGCGAAAUGACUGGUACACUGAGUGUACGCGGCAUAGCUCAUUCCUAAUCCUCUUUUAGUUUGUCUAACUCAGGAAGUCCUACAAUUGUUCUUUGAGCGGGGCCACAUGUAACGAAUGGCCACUCGCUAUUGAUCACACGUUGCACAAAGCCUGGUUACGAGGAGGUCGGGAUGGGGUGGUGGCUCUAUCAUUAUUGAAGGUGUACGGCCACGCCAAGGGUAGGUAGGCUGACAAUGGGGCUAAAAGAGGCAAGACAGAGCAUGAACGUCGCACAGCUGGAGAAGCUGGUGUGAGAUUUGGAGUCAGAGACAUGAAGGUGUUUUAAAGAAUAGGUUCAAAGCUUGUUUAUGCAACAGUUUAAUCGGUCAUUAUUCAUCUCUCCUACAUCUGGAUGGAAAUCACUUAGUUUGGAGGUAUGUGCAGUAAAUAGCACACAUUCAGUUUUACAGUGAUCUGCUGUGGAUCACACCUGGUGCGAAUUAAAGGGUAGAUUAGUUCAAACUUCCACCGCACCUAAAGCGUAACAGUGGUACAUAAUGUAGACUAGAAACGACACUGGAAGUUAACAGGCCAGACCAGCAUAUAUAAGUAUCUUUUUUAUAGAGGUUUAUAUUGGUGCAAUGCAUGACACUGGAUGUACUCGAUGUCAGCUGUUGACAGCAGGACGAAGGAUCAAUAAUGCAAGGAGUCGAAAAUAGCAUUUGUGAGAAAGCAUUAUAAAGACAGCACUUUUCGGGGGAGGGAGCGUGUCGAGGGGUGUGGGGGGGGGGGGUGAAGAUGUACGAAAGAGUGAGCAAAGGCUUUGGUUGUAUGUGGUGUCAAGUAUAAUUUAUUAUUUUUAUGUUCGCAGACAUUGGAACACACUCAUAUAUGCAUUAUGAAUUGUGAGAUGAUAUUAAAAAAUAUGCAUUGACAAUAAAAAUCCGAAUAAGGUUAGUGAUUGUUUAAGAAUAAAGACUAUGUUAUCAAAAA